UUUUGUUAAUUGUACACCGUCGUCUUUUCAAAAUCAAAUUCCCAAUGAAAUUAGUAGUAUAGAAAGUGAAUUAGAUUCAAAUGAACUUAUUCCCAGUAGUAAAUUUUGGACCGAUUCCGAGACCAGGGCUUUGCUUUCUUUUCUUAGUGAAAAUUUUGAUCUAUAUCGUAAAAAUAGACCCAAAUUUUAUGCUGCAGCAGCAAUUAAUAUUGGUAAUAAUAGAACAAGUCUGCAAGUUGAUUCGAAGAUUCAAUCGCUUAGAACAAGAUAUGAAAAAGAAAAUAAAGAAGAAACGGGAAAGGCCAGGUCCAAGUGGCCAUAUUUGAAUGAGAUGAAUGAAUUAUUCGGUAAUAGAGAGAAUGUGAAGCCCGAUUAUUUAGUUUCUAGUAUUGAUGAUAAG